GACAACACAGCAUGGGACAAACGUCAUUGCGUGAUUUAGGCGUUGUUGGUGACUCGCGUUUGGGCUGACGAAAAAUCGCAGCUUUUCUCUGUUUUGCCGUGAAAUUUCCACCGCGCAGAGUGUGUGAAGAUGGAAGUGGAGACGCCAAAGGACGUGAUGAAGAUGGAGACGGACGAACAGGUGGAACAGAACAAUGAGCAGGUGGAGGAAGAGGAGUUCAAUCGAUUUCAAGGAGGGGGUCGUGGAGGGUUCCGGGGACGUCCGUGGGGCCCCCCACCUCGGUUCGGUGGCCGUGGGUAUGGGCCACCGGGUGGUGGCAUGAUGAGAGGCCGCGGAGGUGGGCAGCCUCCAUUCUACCAUCGCGGACGCGGUGUGGGUCCCCCGCCGGGUCGUUUCCAGGGCCCCAACUACGACCCCAAUUGGCAGCCCAUGGGGCAGCCGCCGUACAUGAACGGCCCGCCGGGCAUGAACCCCCACAUGCCGUACGGCGGCGGCCCCCCGGGCAUGCAGGCGCCGCCCAUCGUGCAGGAGCUGUGGGUGGAGACGAAGACUGAGGAGGGCAAGUCCUACUACUACCACGCCGUGAGCCGGGAGACCACGUGGACGCGCCCCGAGGGGCCGCACAUCAAGAUCAUGACGCACACGGAAGUUGAGGCGCUCAACGCGAAGAAUCCGCAGCAGAGUCAGCAGCAGAACAACACGCAGGCGCCAGGGAGUCAGCCGGCGGAGGUGAAGUCUGCAGAGGUGGCGCCCAAAACGGAUACUCCAGUGGAGGCCGCCUCAGUGCCGCCGGAAAGUAUCCAGACUGAGAUGAAUCCGACCCAGACAGAAGCCAAAGCUGAGCCUCCGAUCAGCCAAGCGCCGCCGCCGGUGGUGAGUCAGGCUCCUCCUACUCAAGCGACACCACAGAUUCAGCCCCUGAUGCAGACACAGUUUAUGAACACACCGCCGCCGCAGUACAAUCAGCAGGCGCAGUUCGCCAUGCCGCCGCCGGGUUUCCAUGGCUUCCCGCCCACGCAGUGGGGCGUGCCGCCGUUGAUGCCGUGGGGCAUGCACCAGGAUGGCGACAAGAAGGGCGGCGAUGUCGAUCCCGCCAUCCUGGCCAAGGCGGCUGAGUGGACGGAACAUAAGGCGCCGGACGGAAGGCCGUACUACUACCACGCCGCGAAGGCCGAGAGCGUGUGGGAGAAGCCGCAGGCACUGCGGGACCUGGAGGCCGCCCGAAUGGCCACUCAGCACAUUCACGCGCCGCUCAUGCCGCCUGCGCAGCACCAAGUGCCGCCGCCGAGCGUGCAGGGCAGCGUGGUGUUCGAUCCGCUGGGUUUCGUGGUGAAGCCCCAGGAGGCGGCUGUGAAGAAGGAUGAGGAGUCUGCCGAGGCGAAGGCGGAGAAGAAGAAGAAGGCGGAUGCUGAGCGGAAGAAGAAGGAGGAGGAAGAGAAGGCGAAGGUGGCUAAGCAGCAGGACAAAACCAGACCGAUUUCCAGCACACCAAUCAGCGGAACACCAUGGUGUGUCGUGUGGACAGGCGAUGGCAGAGUGUUCUUCUACAAUCCCUCGACCAGGACUUCUGUGUGGGAGCGUCCGGAGGAUCUUCUAGAGCGCGCCGAUGUGGACAAAGCUGUCUCCACGCCGCCCGAACAGCUGGCGAAUGUGGCAGCGGUGGCGAAACCCGAGGAGGCCAAGGUGGCGGAGUCGCCGAAGAAGAGAUCAGAGUCCGAGACGAGUGAGGACAGUGACGAGACACCGACGAAGAAGGCAAAGCUUGAGGAUGACUUGUCCGCCGCGGGCAAAAGUGUUGAGAAGAAGGGUUUGGACAUUGGCAAGGAGGCUGCGAUGGAGGCAGAGGUGAGAGCUUCGCGUGAACGUGCCCUCGUACCGCUGGAGACACGUGUCAAGUCAUUCAAGGAGAUGCUCAAGGAGAAAGAUGUUUCAGCUUUUAGUACGUGGGAAAAGGAAUUACACAAAAUUGUCUUUGAUCCCAGAUAUUUGCUGCUAACCUCAAGAGAGCGCAAGCAAGUGUUCGAGAAGUACGUGAAGGAGCGCGCUGAGGAGGAGCGCCGCGAGAAGAGGAACAAAAUGAGGCAGAAACGUGAUGAUUUCCGCAGUCUGAUGGAGUCGGCAAAUCUGCAUGGAAAGUCAUCUUUCAGUGACUUUGUGCAGAGAUUCUCCAAGGAUGAUCGCUUCAAGGCCAUUGAGAAGGUUCGUGAGCGCGAAGGGCUGUUCAAUGAGUUCAUUGUGGAUCUCAGGAAGCGCGAGAAGGAGGACAAGAUUCACAAGAAGGAGCAGGUGAGAAAGGAUUUUAUUGAGAUGCUAAAGAAUCAUCCUGACAUCGACAGACACUGUCGAUGGGUGGAUGUGAAGAAGAAGACCGAAGGAGACUCGAGAUAUCGGGCAGUGGAGAGUGGAGUCCUGCGCGAGGAUUACUUCCAUGAGUACUGUCGCAUGAUGAAGGAGGAGAAGAAGCGCGCCAAGGAGAAGGACAAGGACAGGGAGAAGGAGAAGGAGAAGAAAGAGAAGAAAGGUAAGCGCGACAGGAGCAAGGAUCGCGAGAAGGAGAGGGAGAAGAGGCGACGCGAUAGCUACAAGGAGAGCAGCGGUGACAAGGGCAGGGAGUCGUCAGUGGACCAGGAGGAGGGUGAGCAUCCGCCAACGUCGGAUGACGAGACGGACAAGCAGCAGAAGGAUCGCGAGCGCCAGAUUAGGGCGGAGGCGAGUAUUAAGGAGCGCGAGAAGGAAGUGCAGCGCACGCUGGCCACGCACUUGAGGGACAGGGACAAGGAGCGGGAGCACCACAAGCGCGACGAGGCCAUUCGCCACUUCAAUGCGCUGCUGGCGGAUCUCGUGCGGAAUGCCGAUCUCACGUGGAAGGAGGUGAAGAAGCAGCUGCGCAAGGACCACCGAUGGGAGCUGGUGGAGCAGCUGGAGCGCGAGGACAGGGAGAGGAUCUUCAAUGAUCACAUCAGUAAUCUCACGAAGAAGAAGAGGGACAAGUUUCGUGAGAUGCUAGACGAGCUGGGACAACUGGAGUUGACCAGCUCAUGGAAGGAGAUCAAGAAGACAAUCAAGGAGGAUCCAAGAUACUUGAAAUACAACAGCAGUGAGAGAUGCGAGCGUGAAUUUCGGGAGUACAUAAAAGACAAGACAGUGGAGGCAAAGUCUGCGUUCAGAGAACUUCUGCAAGAGUGCAAACUCAUCACACACAAGAGCUUCGACACACUCAAGGAGAAUCCGAAUCAUCUGAAGGAGAUUGAGGACAUUCUCAAGAAUGACAAGAGAUAUCUCGUUCUGGAGCACAUCGCUCACGAGAGAACUCAGAUGAUUCUCCACUAUCUGGAGGACUUGUUCAAGCGCGGGCCACCUCCACCGCCAACAGCGAGUGAGUCCACGCGGAGGAAGUAGUUUUCCUGUGUGAAAACAUUUGUAUUUUUCGUCGUAAAUGAAUUCUCUCAAGUAUC